UGGGGAGGAGGGGCUGGAGGGCGGGGUCGCCCCCCGCUGUCUCCAUAGCGCUCCCCUCCUACAGCGCCGCCCCCGCGCCUACGAAGCCCCGGGUUGGCUGCGGCUCCCGUUCCGGCUCCGAAUCGUAUUCCAGCUCCGGCUCCGGGUCCAGCUCCCCCUCCAGCCCCGGAUCCCGUUCCAGCUCCGGCUGCAGCUCAGCUCCGACUCCAGUUCCAGCUCCGGAUCCCAUUCCAGCUCGGGCUCCAGUUCCAGCUCAGCUCCGGUUCCCGUUCCAGCUCCCGCCCCAGUUCCGGAUCCCAUCCCGGCUCCGGCUCCCGUUCCCGCUCCAGCUCCCGCUCCCAUUCCAGCUCCGACUCCAGCUCCCGUUCCAGCUCCUUUGCAGCUGCAGCUCCCGCUCCGGGUCCAGCUCCGGCUCCGGCUCCCGUUCCAGCUCCUUUGCCGCUCCAGCUCAGCUGCGACCCCGGCUCCCGUUGCGGCUCCUUUGCAGCUCCAGCUCCCGUUCCAGCUCGGCUCCGGCUGCAGCUCAGCUCCCGUUGCGGCUCCUCCGCUGCCUCGGGCUCCCGUUCCCGCUGGGCCGCGGCUCCGGCGGGGCCCCCAUGGGCGUCCUCGUCGGGCCGGUCCCGGGGCUCGGGCCGCUGCUGCUGCUGCUGCUGCUGCCGCCCCUGCCCGGCCCGGGGCCCCGGGGGCUGCGGGCCAAGCCCACCGUCCGCAAGGAGAGGGUGGUGCGGCCCGACUCGGAGCUGGGCCGGAGGCCCCCCGAGGACGCCCCGGGCCUCCGCUACGACCACGAGGCCUUCCUGGGCAAGGAGGAGGCCAAGACCUUCGACCAGCUCAGCCCGGACGAGAGCAAGGACCGGCUGGGAAAGAUUGUCGACAGAAUAGACAAUGAUGGAGAUGGCUAUGUAACUACGGAGGAGCUGAAGAGCUGGAUCAAAAGAGUGCAGAAGCGGUAUAUCUAUGAGAAUGUGGCUAAAGUCUGGAAAGAUUAUGAUCAGAACAAAGACGAUAAGGUUUCUUGGGAAGAAUACAAACAGGCGACGUAUGGUUACUAUCUAGGAAACCCGGAAGAGUUUCAAGAUGGAUCUGAUCAACACACGUUUAAGAAGAUGCUGCCCCGUGACGAAAGGAGGUUCAACACGGCAGAUCUGGAUGGGGACAGCACAGCCACCCGGGAGGAGUUCACUGCCUUUCUGCAUCCUGAGGAGUUUGAACACAUGAAAGACAUCGUGGUCUUAGAGACAAUGGAAGAUAUAGACAAGAACGGUGAUGGAUUCGUGGAUCAAGAUGAGUACAUCGCUGAUAUGUUUGCUCAUGAGGAGAAUGGCCCAGAGCCAGAUUGGGUUGUAACUGAACGGGAGCAGUUUUCGGACUUUCGUGAUCUGAACAAGGAUGGAAAGAUGGACAAAGAAGAGAUUCGCCACUGGAUCCUCCCCCAGGAUUACGAUCAUGCCCAAGCGGAGGCCAGGCACUUAGUGUAUGAGUCAGACCAGGACAAGGAUCAAAAACUAACUAAAGGCGAGAUCUUGGAGAACUGGAACAUGUUUGUUGGAAGUCAGGCGACCAAUUAUGGGGAAGACCUUACCAAAAAUCACGAUGAGCUAUGAUACUCACAUGUGCAGGGUGACUGUCAGUUUUCCUGCUGACUAAUGUGGUUGCUAAAGUCUUCUUGGCUGAGUAAUUUGCACCAGGAUGUUUCCAAUGAACAGUUUUAUUACCUCAUAUUGGGAAGAAAUAGACUGCUGUGUGACAUUCCUCAGAAAAGUAAUCAUAGCUCAGAUUUCUGUUAAAAUACACUUUUGUGCUCAGUAGUUUGGAUUUUCAAGUUCAACAACUUUUUUGUAAGUUUUCCAUUUUUGUUUUUAUUUUUUUUAAUGAAAGGGAAAUAAUACUAGAAAAAGCCCUAUCUUUUGCCAGCAUCAUUUGCCAGUAGAUGAGUGGGAGCAGGGAAGGUUAAAAUUAGCUCCCAGUGUUUAAAGAUUGAAACAGACCCAUGGGUUUGUUUUGUCAGUCUUAAAUAGUAUGCAAGGAAAGUCCUGGUUUUAUAUAUGCAUAAAGCUAAUCUAGUGGGUUUUUGUAUCUUUAAAAAUAUAGGUUCAUUUCAAAGAAAGUGUGAUAUUUCAUGAACCUUUGUAACUCUAUAUCAUGAACUGUUACUGUAAAUUUUAUAUACAAUCACUGUGCAUAUUCCUGUACUGACCUUUUAAUGUGCACAAUAAACUGUCUUUGUUUUUUUACAAUGUAAAGUGAUUCAAAUGUGAACAAGAAAGACAUUUCUGGUGAGGAAAGAAAGCGUGACCAUUCCAACCCUAAACUGAAGAAUGAUGCGCUGAGAGUGGUUCCUCAGAAAACUUGCUUUAACUCCCCGAGAUAAUUUUUCUGAAGCUUAAAAGGGGAGGGGACCAUUAAGACAGUGAAAGGAGAUAAAGAGAAGCUAUCAUCCCAUACAUGCGAGAAUGUUUUACAUCUCCUCACCAACUCACAAUAAAGAAUCCUUUUACCAGCAUCAGCAGCCUAAUUUAUGGAACAAGGAUAAGGUAAUGGCCCAGUCUGAGUUACCAUGCCAAUGCGUUAACAGCUGGAAAUUCUUUAACAAGUUGAUAUGCUAUAUCCUUCUAACUAGUAGGUGGAAAGAAUAAAAAACUUUUGGGAAUUUCA